AUGAUUGAAGUCGUUGAUAAUCUGGUUGCCUACGAUAGGCGGAAUGAGUUUUUGAAUAUACCCGAGAAUGAAAUUCAUGUCAUCACCGAUGCAAUUGAUAAUUAUAAACCUAAAUUGAGUGUCCAGUUUAUUGAAUUUCAGCAUGUAAAACGAAGAAAAGCCACUGUAACGAAAGAUGGAAAGGUGAGGAUUCUAACAAAAGUGAAGCAUCAACAGAAAGCAACAAUUGAAAAUGUGAAGGUGGAUCCGGAAGUCGUUCAACUUCGUUUCGGAGGAGGCUCCAAGUCACAUUACCCGUACAACCGUGUCGUCGAUUGGCGGCAGAGAAACGAUCAGACAUCCGAAGAAUCACAUGAGGAGACAACGACAACUACAAUGGAAUCAGCACCGCCAGUCACUCCGAAGAGUUGGGCAAAAACAACGACGACUACACUGACACCGUAUUCUGCUGAGCCAGCACUGAUUCUUCCGUCUAGAUUCCAUCGGAAGAAAGAAGACGUCGUGAUUGUUUUCAAGAAGAAGCAGAAGUCAUAA